UCCUUUCUUCACAACGGCAACGACUUGUCUCCUCUCGUUGUUCUUAUAGGAUCGAAGAAAGCUUAUAUUAAGUUAAAAUGGGCGGCGAGGUGGUGGAGGAAUCCGCCGACCCGGCGCCCGGCGGUGGCCCGCGGGCUUCUUCUUCGCGGCCGAAGCUGACCGUCCUCCCGCUUAUUGCCCUCAUAUUCUUCGACGUCUCCGGCGGCCCCUUUGGCGUGGAGGACUCUGUAGGAGCCGGCGGCGGCCCGCUCCUCUCCCUCCUCGGCUUCCUCUUCUUCCCCCUCCUCUGGUCCGUCCCGGAGGCCCUCGUGACAGCAGAGCUCGCCGCCGGCUUCCCGUCGAACGGCGGCUACGUCCUUUGGAUCUCGUCCGCCUUCGGCCCCUUCUGGGGCUUCCAGGAGGGCCUCUGGAAGUGGGCCAGCGGCAACCUCGACAACGCCCUCUACCCCGUCCUCUUCCUCGACUACCUCAGCCCCUCCCUCUCCCCCGCCGCCCGCGCCGCCGCUCUCGCCGCCAUCACCGCCGCCCUCACCUUCCUCAACUAUCGCGGCCUCCACAUCGUCGGCCUCUCCGCCAUCCUCCUCGCCGCCUUUUCCCUCUCCCCCUUCCUCGCCCUCGCCCUCCUCGCCCUCCCCAAGAUCCAGCCUCGCCGCUGGCUCGCCCUCGAUCUCCGCCGCGUCAACUGGCGGGGCUACUUCAACAGCAUGUUCUGGAAUCUCAAUUACUGGGACAAGGCCAGCACGCUCGCCGGCGAGGUCGAGGACCCCACUCGGACCUUCCCCCGGGCGCUCUACGGCGCGGUGGUCCUCGUCGUGGCCUCCUAUUUGAUCCCCUUGCUCGCCGGCACCGGGGCGAUGGAUGGGUCGACGACAGAUGAGUGGACGGAUGGCUACUUUGCUCAGGUCGGGUUGGUGAUUGGGGGACCCUGGCUCAGAUGGUGGAUCCAGGCCGCCGCGGCGAUGUCGAACAUGGGACUGUUUGAGGCCGAGAUGAGCAGUGAUUCGUUUCAAUUGCUCGGAAUGAGUGAGAUGGGGAUGCUUCCGGCGUUCUUUGCUAUAAGAUCAAAGUAUGGAACCCCAACCAUUAGCAUCUUAUUCUCUGCAACUGGGAUUAUUUUCCUGUCAUGGAUGAGCUUUCAGGAGAUUCUGGAAUUCCUUAACUUCUUAUAUGCUUUGGGGAUGCUUCUAGAGUUUGCUGCUUUUAUAAGACUCAGAAUCAAGAAGCCAGAUCUUCACAGGCCAUAUAAAGUUCCAGUAGGGACAUUGGGCGCAGUGCUGCUUUGUUUGCCUCCUACUUUCCUGCUCAUUCUUGUCAUGUGUCUGGCCUCCGCCAGGACAUUUAUUGUGAGCGGAAGUGUAAUGCUAUUCGGGGCUCUUCUAUAUCCUGCUAUUGAACACAUGAAGAGAAGAAAUUGGAUUGAAUUUAUUUCCACAUCUGAGCUUUCUCAGAGUAGUUUUGAAUCUGGCCAAACACAACAGCAAGUUAUAGAUGAGGCUUCUGUGAAUCUUUUGCCAGAUCGUUCAUCUGGCAAAACAGAGCCAGAAGACCCUGAAAUUGACUUGGAAGGGGUUUUAAAAGUAGAAUAGUAAAGCCAUGUACACAUACAUGAAUCUUUGCAGAAUUGAUGAUACUUAAGCCUGUAAGGUAAUUCACUGUCUGCAAAUGUAUCUAUUUUUUUUGACUAAAGAAAAGGUUUAUUAUGAGUCGGAUGACUCAUUGUAUAGAUUUA